AGAGAAGCGGGGCAGGGAUCCAGUCCUCCGCAGGGGACGGUCGGUCCGGGACUCUGCUCUGCGGGGUUCGCGUUGCCCCAGGGACUGCCGAGGCCGCACUAGGACCCCCUGCGGCUGCCGGGGCUUUUUCCAGAGGGGAUGCUGAGUCACAGAUCUGCCACGCUUCUCACCUCUCCCCAGCCCUCCGGGGGCUAAAGUAAAAGCGAAAGCGAAUGCGACUCGCGGGGCGGCUAGUCCCGAGAACUGUGCCCGUUGCCUCCUCCCGGACCCUUGGGCAUCUGCAGGUGCCGGCGAGGGCGAGGGCGAGGGCGAGGGCGCAGGCGAGGUUGAGGCCAUGGCCCGCCACCCGCUCCGGGACUGCUGGGCCAUCGAACUCCCCGUGCUGCUGCUACUGCUGCUCCGGCCGCCGCAGACGCCGGGCAAAGGGGGAAACCCGGGGCUUGCAAUGGGGUAUCCGAGUUGGAGUUUUACAGCAAUUUCGAGAAACCAUGAGCGCGGUUCUCCUAGCCCCAGAAGGAAAGCUGUACAAAUGUUGCAAAGCAGGCAGUCCCCGCAGAGACCGGGGAAGACGACCCCAUCAAUACCCUCAGACAAAAGUACCACAUGCUCUACUCCAACAUCUAUUGAACAUGCAAACAUCCAGGUCAAGAGUUAUAAUGAGAACUCCAGGGAGCGUUAUAUUUGUAACUCUGGUUUCAAGCGUAAAGCUGGUACGUCCAGCCUGACUAAGUGCCUGCGUAACGAAGACACAAAUAUUACCCAGUGGACCAUUCCCACUCUCAUAUGCAUCAGAGACCCCUCCCUGACCCGCCAAAGGCCAUCCUCCACAGUAGCGCCAGCAGGGGUGACCCCAGAGCCAGAGAGCCCCUCCCCUUCUGGAAAAGAGCCAGCUUUCAUUUCCAAGCCAGACACCACAGUGGCCACAAAGCCAGCUGUGGUACCGGGCUCCAGGCUGACAUCCAAAUCUCCUGCAGGAACCACAGGGGUAGUCAGGAAUGAGCCCUCCCAAGCCCCACCUCAGACAACUGCAAAGGCCUUGGAACACACUCCCUCUACCUCCCUCGAGAAGCCAGGUUCACAUUCAUCCAGUUCCACAGCUGUCACUGACAUUUAAAAAAAAAGACAGACAUAUUAAAACUAUAAGAAAGCAAGUAAUUUCAUCAAGGAGAUGAAAACUAGCUAUAUUUCAUUAUGUAUUACUUGAGUUUCAUCCGCUAAAAAGGUGUAUGCUAAAAUGAAAAUCAUGCUAACUUUCUAAAAAGACUUAGUUAUAAUGCCUUCAAAGUAUGUCUCAUACAAUCCCAGCCACCUAAGACCUAAGAGUAUGCCCAGGCCAGGUAUCAGUGACAGAGGUACUCGCUGGUUCCCUGGGCAUCAGUGGCUGUUGCUAUUUCCACAUGAAUAAGCAAUCAGUUGAGCUCAUCUUUGUAAAAAAAUAUAUUAAAAUGAUGCUUUAUACUAUAGUGGUUGCUCAGUAAAUGUUAACAUAAUGUUUUAAUCAACCCAUUGAUACUACCAAUAUCAUUUAUUUUUUAAAUAAGGUUAUAAAAGAUAUCACAACUUUUAAAGUUACUUUCUUUAGUCCAACAGAAAUAUUGAAUGAAUAAGUAGUGAAUGAAUGAGCAACUAUUAAGUAAAUUUGAGGGCUUUAACAUCUAAAUAAAUAUUCAGGAAGUGUUGCUUAUCAUCUCAUUGUCUCAAAUAUCUACUGCCUCACUUGGCAGCCCUUUUUAUCAAUAACUUUACUCAAUUUUUCCAGUAUCUGGUCUCUGAUACUUGACUAAGCUAUUCUUGAAGUGUCUCAAUCCUAUUUAAUAAAGAGAGAAUAUGCUAAUUGACCCUCACACCAUCACAAAGAUGGUGGCACCCAUCUUCCAAUAAGGAGGGAAUAUGCUAAUUGACUGCCCACCCUCAAAGAUGGCA